UUUAGUGAUCAAACAGUGCGAAAACAAAAAACACCAAAUAGAAAACAGCGCCCUUCGUUUUUGUGUGCCCUAAUAAUAUUAAAUAAAUACAAUUUAAAUUCAAAAUCGAAAUCAAAAUUUAGAAAUUCAACAACAAAAAAAAUAAGUAGAAAUGAGAGAAGAAGGAAUGAGCUCAUCAUCAGCAGCAGACCCAUUAAUUUUCCCCAAUUCCCCUCAACCACCUACCCCUGCUGCCAGUUCUGCCGGGGCAUCGUCACCAGCUGUUGCCACAAAUGCUGGCAGUACAGAUUGGUUGGGUCAAGGUCAGGGAUCGAAAGCAGGUUCUCUAUCUCGGAUUAGUUCACAGCCUAUGUGGAUUUCAUUGAGUACAGGUGCAUGUGGGUCAGCUCUUGGAUCAUCCCAACCUUCAUGUAGACCAUGGGAAAGGGGUGAUCUUCUAAGACGAUUAUCCACAUUUAGGCCUGCAUAUUGGUUUGGGAAGCCUAAGGUUGCUAGCUCGCUUGCCUGUGCUAGGAGAGGCUGGGUGAAUGUGAAUUUAGAUACGAUUCAAUGUGAGUCUUGUGGCUCCAACCUGAAGUAUAAUGCACCAGAAUCAUGGACCUCCACAGAAGGUGAAAAUGGCGGAGAAGAAUUUGCCAAUCAGCUCAAUGAAGGACACAGUGCCACCUGUCCUUGGAGAGGAAACAGUUGUGCUGAAAGUUUAGUGCAAUUUCCGCCUACUCCUCCAUCAGCCCUGAUAGGUGGCUACAAGGAUCGUUGUGAUGGACUUCUUCAGUUUCCCUAUCUACCUGUUGUGUCUGCUUCUGCUCUCGACCAGAUGAAGUAUUCCAGGGGUCCGGAAAUUGACCGCUUUCUGGUUCAGGCAUCUGCUUAUCUACCAGACGUAACAUCUGAUAUGGAAACAACCGUUUAUUCACGUGCCCAGAAGUUGAUAAGCCUUUGUGGAUGGGAACCAAGGUGGCUCUCAAAUGCUCAAGACUGUGAAGAGCAGUCUGCUCAGUCGGCUAGAAAUGGUGGUUCUUUUAAUCCCAUUAAAGAUCGUGACCCCAUGAAGAAAGUAUUACAUGCUUCAAUAAAAAAAGCUCCACGGCACCCCACUCCAAGAUUUGAAUCUAGGUCACCAUUGUUAGACUGUAGCUUAUGUGGGGCCACCGUGAGAAUAUUGGAUUUCAUUCGUGUCAAUCGUCCUGUUCGUUAUGCUCCUAACAACAUUGAUGCUCCCGAAACAAGUAAAAAGAUGGCACUCACUCGUGGUAUGAGUGCUGCCAGUGGAAUUAGCGGGUGGGUGGCUGAUGGUGGCAUGGAGAAAGAGCAGACGGAAGACAUUGAUGAAGCUGCAACCACUGGGGAUGGGAAGUCUAUGUCAAAUAUUGGGAUGGAUUUAAAUCUUACAAUGGGAGGUGGAUUUUCUACGGCUCAUGGGCACAAGAGGCCUAUAUCGGAACUCUACCAAGAUGCAAGUAUAGGGAGAGAUCUAUUCAUCGGGCAGCCAGCUGGCAGUGAGGUAGGUGAUCGUGCAGCAUCAUUUGAAUCCCGUGGUCCCACUACUUUCAGAAGAAAUAUGGAUGAAGGUGGAUCCACUGUUGAUAGGCCACCCGGGAUGAUUCGCCAGGCGGAUAGUGUCGAGGGUGUUGUCAUUGAUCGUGAUGGUGAUGAAGUCAGCGACACCGAACCGUCGGCUGGCCCAUCUAAACGUGCAUGUGAAUCUCAUGCUUUGGAGCCAAAUGAACCAUCAUCUGGUGUGGGUCCUAGCCAGACCUUGUAUUUUGAUAUUGAUAGGGCUGGUCCAUCUAUCCAAGGCCAUGAACAAGCAGGAAGAGCUUCAUCUGUUAUUGCAAUGGAUACAAUUUGUCAUAGUGAAGAUAAUGACUCCAUGGAAAGUGUCGAAAAUCAUCCUGCUUUUGUGGACGAGGUUAGCUACCCUGCUGGAUCAUCAGGCAAAAGCCCGGAUCUUAAUGAUAAUUCUGAUUUAAACGUCAGUAUUCCUGCUCAGCAAAGUACGUGUCCGCCUGUGAUUCGAGUCGCGGGCGAGAUUGGUGUUAGCAGCACCAAUGAUGAAGAAGUAUUGAACACUGAGAACACCACAGUUCACAGGAGGGAUGGUCCUAGUUUUGCUAUUAGUGGUGGUAGUGUUGGAAUGGGUGCUAGUCAUGAAGCAGAAAUUCAUGGUUCUGACUUUUUGAUUGACCGGACAGUAAGCGUUGUUGGUGACAUGGAACCGAUUGCUGGUGUGACCGAGAACCAAGGUCAAACUGAUGAAUUUGUUCCCGAAGAACUGCAGCAAGAAUAUUCCGGAAGGGCAGAUAGCGGGUCAAAGAUUAUUGGUUCAGUCAAGGUGGAUUCUGUUGAGAGUGGUGAAAAGACCAGUGACUUGAAUCUCUUACCACAUGAGCAAGAUUCCCAUCCUUCUCUUUCUUGCAAUGCAGUUGUAUAUUCAGGUCUUGAAGUAUCGAAAGAUGAAGUGAUGCAGGGAGGUAAGUCAUCUCCUACCGACGAAUGUGGUUACCCAAGUUACACGCCUGCAAACGGAAUAGGGCCUCCUAAUGGAGAAAGCAACUUUGAAGAACCUGUGGAGUUUGAUCCAAUUAAGCAUCAUAACUUUUUCUGCCCUUGGGUGAAUGGCAACGUCGCUGCAGCUGGAGUUAUUAACAAUAAUGGUGCUAGCUCAAGUGCUAGUGCUUUAGCUCUUUGUGGCUGGCAGCUGACGUUAGAUGCUUUAGAUGGAUUCCAAGGUCCUGAACAAAACCAAACCGUUGAAUCCGAGUCAGCUGCUUCUCUGUAUAAGGAUGACAAUCAAGUUUCUGGUAAGAAGCUUAUUGCACGCCAUUCCUUUAAUAGAAGUCGUGGACAAAAUUAGAAUACUCAUGCAGUGCAGUUUAAGUUCCGGCAACAGGGGAGCAGCAGUAGCUACAGGAAAACUCUAAACUCUUUUCGAGGAGUUCUUCAUGGAGUUCAUCUUAGUUCUAGCGUUUAUCAAACCUUAAGAACUGUCAAGGCAAUUUUAUUGAUCUAAUAUUUGUUAUUUGUUUUUUAUUUUUAUUUUUAUCUUUCCUUUUUAUUUUUUCUUUCCAUUGACCCAUUUGGAUCUAUCCUAAAGGUAUUACUAUUAUUAAUGAUCUAUAGAAAUAUAAAGUGGACUUCAUUUA